UGCGCUUUCCGAACUGGUUCAUCCGUCCGGCCAACCCUCGGGCAUCCUCUGAUUCGGGCCCCACGACCACCCCCGAGUGUCUGGGCCACUCCCAACAUCCUGCCCGACUUCGUCGCCCUCGAGCAGCAGUGUCUCGAAAAGCAGAGGCGUGCCUCGCUGUUUCAGCUGCCCCGUCCUUUUCCCUAGCAAGCCCCGGAUGUCGAUUAGGUUCUUCGUCCCGUCCACGAACCACCCGAACUCGUUGCGAUCGUCCCGGACUGGUUAUAUGGAUCCUUGAUCGAUCCAUCUACACCAAAUAAUACAAGGGAGAAAAACGCUCGCCAUUUUUUAGCUUUGGAAGUCGGGGGAAAAUAAGUAAUCGAAAUCAUGGGAAACAGCCAGGGAAAACCCGUUGAGUUCGAUGGGGAAGUGAACCUCAACCACUUCCGUCUUCUCCGAGUCGUAGGCCGCGGUGCUUUUGGCAAAGUACGGAUCGUCGAGAGGAAAGACACAAACUUAUCAUUCGCCCUCAAAUACAUCCGGAAAGAUGAAGUCGUACGCUCGGAGAGUGUCCGCAAUAUAAUACGCGAAAGGAGGAUGCUCGAGCAUGUAAACCACCCCUUCAUCUGCAACUUGCGGUACAGCUUCCAAGACAUCGAAUACAUGUACUUGGUCGUCGACCUCAUGAGCGGCGGAGAUUUGCGGUUCCACAUCUCGAGGAAGACAUUCACCGAGGAGGCGGUCAGGUUCUGGAUUUCCGAGCUUGGGUGUGCCCUGAGGUACAUCCACGGGCAGGGCAUCAUCCACCGUGACGUGAAGCCAGACAAUGUGCUCCUCGACGCCGACGGACAUGUGCAUUUGACAGAUUUCAACGUUGCUUCAGAUAUCAUCCAAGGCAAGGUCCUCACGAGCAAGUCAGGGACGCUGGCGUACCUUGCCCCUGAGGUCUAUGCAGGGCAGGGUUACGAUGUCCGUGCAGAUUGGUGGUCCCUGGGUGUGCUCUUCUACGAAUGUAUCUACAACAAGAGGCCGUUCGAGGGCAACUCGGAAUCAUCCCUCAGCACCGUCAUCCAAGCCGCCCGCCCGAAGUUCCCCGUCACGAGCCCCCCCGUAACAUUACCGUGCAUGUACGCCAUCAAGGAUGCCUUGGACAUCGACCCGAACAAGCGCCUUGGGUCGACAUGGGAAAGCUUCACCCAGCAUGAGUUCUUCUCAUAUAUCGACUUCGUGGCUCUCGAGAGGAAGGAGAUUGAGCCCGUGUUCGUCCCGUCCUCGGAGAAGACCAACUUCGACGCGACAUACGAUCUCGAGGAGUUGUUGCUGGAGGAGGCGCCGUUAGAGGCCCGCGCGCGAAGGCAGAAACCCCGCGAGAGGUUGAAGGACGACGCCACCGACAAGGAGAUCCGCGAGGAUGAGCUCUACCGCAUGAUCGAUACUGACUUCCGGCCGUUCGACUACACGGUGGCAGCCUACAAGAAACUCACACAACAACAAGAAGCACUCUCAACCGGGCCAGACAGCAGCGCCAGCAGCAAGGCAAACCUCCAACCGCAGGCCCUCACAACCGACGAAGCCACCCCCUCCCCCGCCACCAACGGCGCGACCCCAUCACGCGCGUCCAACGAAAACAACAACAACACUACCACCAGCAACACCAGCAGCACCAACGCCACCAAACAAAAGCAGCAGCAACGCCGCGGCAACCCGCCCGGCCGCGCCGCCCCGCUGCCGCCCUACCCGCAGUCGUACAACUCGCCCGGCCCGGCCAGCGGCGGGCGCCCCGGGCGCGCCUUUGUGCCGGGCAUGAUGGUCGAGAGCCCCACGGGCGGCGUGCAGGUCACGCUGGACGGCGGCAGCAGCUGGAGCGACCUGGCGCGGCAGGACGCCACCUUGCCCGCGGACGCGAGCGGGGCGAACAACGAGCCCGGCAAGGGCGAUGGUGGGAGUGGGGGGUCUGGGUCCGGGGGCAGUGGGAGCGGCGGCGGCGUGUUUGGGUUCUUGAGGGGGAAGAAGGGGAGGGGGAAUAGUCCCAAGCCGAAGGAGAGGGGUGUGCUGGGGAAGGAGGGGGCGCGGGUUGUGUUGGGGUGA